AAAUCAAAUGACAUUUUGUAAAAAAACAAAGUCACAUGGAACUGAACUUAGUUUAUUUUGAUUAAUUUUUAAUUCCAGGCAUAAAGUUCUAAUUGUAGGUCUUAAAAGUAAAAAUGUCUAAAAGACCGGAACAUCAAGCUCCACCGGAACUUUUUUAUAAUGAAGAUGAAGCUAGAAAAUAUACACAAAACUCACGAAUUAUAGACAUUCAAGCACAGAUGACUGAAAGAUGCAUUGAGCUCUUAGUAUUACCAGACGAUACACCAUCUCUGUUACUUGAUAUUGGCUGUGGAUCAGGUCUAUCUGGUUCAGUACUUGAGGAAUAUGGACAUAUGUGGAUUGGUUUAGACAUUUCAUCAGCUAUGUUAGAUGUUGCUUUGGAAAGAGAGACAGAAGGCGACUUGGUUCUAGCUGAUAUGGGUGAGGGAGUGCCAUUCAAAGCUGGCAGUUUUGAUGGCGCAGUCUCAGUAUCUGCAUUACAGUGGCUUUUCAAUGCUGACAAAAAAUCUCAUCAACCAGUCAAAAGAUUAUAUAAAUUCUUCAGUACCUUAUAUGCAUCAUUGUCAAGGUCUGCAAGAGCAGUUUUUCAAUUUUAUCCAGAGAAUGAAAGUCAGCUAGAUUUGUUAACUACACAAGCUAUGAAGGCUGGUUUCUAUGGAGGUGUUGUGGUGGACUACCCAAAUUCAGCUAAAGCGAAGAAGUUUUUCCUUGUAUUAAUGACAGGAGGUGCUGCACCAUUACCACAGGCUCUAGGUACAGAAGAAAGUGAUAAUUCACUGCAAAUUAAGUAUGCAAGGAGAGAAGCAUCAAAAGGUGCUAGAGGUAAACCCUUGAAAAAUACAAGAGCUUGGCUAAUUGAAAAGAAGGAGAAGAGAAGGAAACAAGGCAAAGAAACUAAACCUGACACAAAAUAUACAGGCAGAAAAAGAAGUGGUCGUUUUUGAUACUUCUUCAUAUUAUUUACUAAUUAAAUACAUUCUAGACUAUAUAUUAUACAUAUAAACUAAGAUAAA